UUGGCCUUCGUUCAUCGGCUCUCGGCUGCCCGACGACGCUUCUCCUCUCUCUUGGGAGCUGGCUCCGGGCAUGGUUCCUACCUAACGCCGCCGCCCCCGCCGCCGCUAGCGAGACGCUCCGCCCGCCGUCCCCCAACUCCCGUACACCGGUCAGAUCCUCCACGCGGCCUACGUAGCCGGUCACCAGAGUGGACUCGCAAGAGCCGGCAACUGCUGACCCGUUAAUCUCCGCUCCAGUCUCCACUCCACGUCUCCACGACCAUUGAUACAGGAUCACUGCUGAAAGAAAGCAUACUGUCAUCAUGGUUCACUUCAAGAACAGGUAUAUGGUGAUGGAGGUCUUCAUUGAUGUUGGCAGAGGUGAAUCUGAUCCUGUUAUCCUCACUCAGUUCAAUAUAACCAAAGUAAUCAGAGACAGCAUUCAACUCAACUUUGGGGAGUGUGGCCUAGCUGCAUCUCUUGGAUCAUUGCAAGUGAAGUAUGUUAACCCUGUAACAAAGGUUUGCAUAGUCCGAGUGUCACGUGAAGACCACCAGAAAGUAUGGACCACAAUUACAAUGGUCAGGUCCAUUGGAAAGAUUCCAGUAUCAUUCAACCUGCUGGAUGUGAGUGGAAGCAUCAGGGCGUGCAAGGCAGCUGCCAUGGAGUGCGAGGAAGCGAAAUAUGAGCAAUACAAGUUGGCUGGCGGUGAUUGUAUCACGCCAGAUAUCAUCCAGUGUGUACAGAGCUGCUUUGACAAAAUUAGAGGGCUAGAGAGCUAAUGAUUUGGUAUUUGUUCUCCUGUUUGACUCUAGCAAUCUCUUUUCUAUGGAUGAAAGAAAGAAAAUUAAACAUUCAGCGAGGUGUGUAGAAUCGAGGGCCUAAGCAUUCAGUGCUGAAGCUGCACACGUCUUAAAGUGUCCGCGAUCCACAUAAACAGACCCAUAAAAAUGUACUUUAAAUUCACACGACCCAUAAGAAUACCUAAGGCCAGUCUUAAUGGGAUUUCAUGGGAAGUUUCAUGAAUAUUAAAUUGUAGAACACAUCAUCAAUUUGCUGAUAAGAGAGAGAAACGCCCAUGACGCGGUUACCAGGUCCGAUGAAACGCUACGAAACACAGUGAGACCGUCUUCGUUUCAUCGCCGGAUCUGCUGCAGCUCCGACGCGUCGCCUCCCUCACCCUUCCCCGCUCUCGCGCUCCAAAUCAUGGGGCAUUCCCUCACUCUCCCCUCCAAAUCCCUCGCUCCAAACAUUUGGUGGGCACAGCAACGCGGGGAAGAGCGGGGGGAGCUGCGCGAGCUAUCGGCGGCGCGUGCUCAAUGGAGCUCCUUGCUUCGGUGGACGCGACGAUGCGGAGGAGAGCAGCAGCUCGCCUCUCCCCAUAUCCGACCAGCACGAGAGAGCGGCGGCGGCGCCCGCGGACCUCGCCUCUCUCGAUUCAUGGUUCUACAUGGUGUGUCGUUAAACUCGUGAUUCAAAAGUUUGGUCUGUCUUUUGUGUGCUGCGGCUUGCAGGCAGGAUGAGGCCAUGCUCGAACGAGAGGCUUGCGAGCAAUCGAAAUCCAUGACUCCAUGGAGCAACCACGUUGGCUCCACUGCCUGCAAGCUGUUCGAGAAAAUGUCGAGAACCUCUACAUCAAAUUGACAAAUUCAAAAGGCUCAACGGUUGCUCCUCCAACAAUUGUUCAGGCCUCCAUUAUUCUUGAAGUUGGGAAUCACCAGCCAUCCGUUCCAAGGAUGAAGCAGUUGGCCCAAACAAUUGCUAAUUCGUCCUCAGGAAACUUGGGACUGAAUCACACUGUGUUUGGCAUAGUGGGGGUGGUACUAAUGCACCUAGUCCAGCACCUAUGCCUUAUCAAGAUAACCCUCACCACCACCACCACCACCAUCACAAUAGUCAUGAGGAAAAGAAGCAUUUUGCUCCAUCUCCUGCUCCUGUACAUUCUCCUGUCCAACAGCCCAAAUAUAGAUCUCCAUCCCCAUCUUCUCCAUAUGGAUACACCAGCAAGUCAAAGAAUAAAGCUCCUGUAGCCCCAGCUGCUGAGCCAGUAGCUAGUAACCACCAUUAUGCUUCACCUGCAACCACACCUCGUCCAGUGCCACCACCAUCCAUUAGUCCAUUGCCUUCCGUUCAUCACUCUCCUAAUAAUCCCAGGAGACACAAUAGCGCCCCUGCUCCUUCUCCAGCACUUGCGAAGCCCCACUUGCAUGCCGCACCUCUCAUUCAUGGACAUCUUGCUCAAACGCCAGCUGCAGCCCCUGCUCCUCAUUCAUCAUAUGCCACCCAAAGGCAUUCUUGUCAAUGGCAAUGGGCCCUCGCACUGCUCAUGUGUAUGCUGAUGGGUCUGCCAUGACGAAGGCGGUCGAUCUAAGCUAAAUAUAGUCCAGAACAGGCAGAAGAUUUGCUGUUCUGAGACGGUGGUAGGCGCAGAAUAACAUACCCUAGCUGGAGGUGAUGGUGUAUACUUGGAUAGCGUGUGAAUAUGGAUCGGGGAUAUAAAGCAGUUGCUGGGCAUCUGUGCGCAUGUGUAUAGUGACCAAAGCCAGAUGCGGCAAGCCCUUGUGUGCUGCACAUGUGUUUGCCCUGCAUUCGCUUUGUAACGGUGCUCGAAACACAGAAAUGGUGGGAUCCAGUAUAGACGCUUAUACAGUUUUGCACGAGAUUUUGCUUUGGCC